UAAACAACAAACACUUUACGGCAGUAAAUAUGGCUUCUCACUUCAGCGGUGUGCUGCAGUUGACAGACCUCGAUGAUUUUAUCACUCCCUCUCAGGAAUGUGUCAAACCUGUUAAAGUAGAGAAGAAAAAAGGUAAAUCUGUGGCAAAAAUUCAAAUAGAAGAUGAUGGCAGUUACUUCCAAGUCAACCAGGAUGGAGGGAAGCAGAAACUGGAGAAAGCAAAGAUCACACUGAGUGACUGUUUGGCCUGCAGUGGCUGUAUCACCUCAGCUGAGAGCGUCCUCAUCACGCAGCAGAGCCACGAGGAGCUCCUUAAAGUGCUGCACAACAACAAGGCCAGCGACACAGAGCAGAAGGUGGUGGUGGUGUCGGUGUCACCGCAGUCCAGAGCCUCCAUCGCUGCACACUUUGACCUCAGCAGUAGUGAGGCAGGCAGGAGGCUUACUUCUUUCUUCAAAGGCCUUGGGGUUCAUUAUGUGUUUGAAACAAGCUUUAGUCGGACCUUCAGCCUGCUGGAGAGCCAGAGAGAGUUCGUAGAGCGUUUCCAAAGGAAGGAGCAGGACAGCAAGGUUCUGCCCAUGCUGACAUCGGCCUGUCCAGGUUGGAUUUGCUACGCAGAGAAGACCCACGGGGAAUUUAUUCUCCCUUACGUUAGUACCACUCGCUCCCCCCAGCAGAUGAUGGGCUCUCUGGUUAAAGGCUAUUUUGCUGAACAACAGGGGCUAAGUCCGCAGCAGAUCUACCAUGUGGCAGUAAUGCCCUGCUUUGACAAGAAACUAGAGGCCUCGAGGUCAGACUUCUACCUGAGCGAAGCUGAGACUCGAGAAGUGGACUGUGUCAUCACAUCUGGAGAGGUUCAGAAAAUGCUGGAGGAGAAAAAUGUGUCUCUUAAUGAUGUGGAACCUGCUCCCCUAGAUACAGUGUUGAGCAGUGUGAGUGGGGAUGAGUUCCUGAACCAUUCUGGGAGUGGCUCAGGGGGUUACCUCCAUCACGUCUUCACCUAUGCGGCCAAGCAGCUGUUUGGAGAGGAGGUGAAGGAGCUCACCUACAAGACCCUCAAGAAUAAAGACUUCCAGGAAGUGACUCUGGAGAGAGAUGGGGUUGUCCUGCUGUGCUUUGCUUCCACAUAUGGCUUCCGCAACAUCCAGAACCUGGUGCAGAAACUCAAGAGGGGGAAGUCGCCUUACCACUUUGUGGAAGUUAUGGCCUGCCCAUCGGGCUGUCUAAAUGGUGGUGGACAGGUGAAGCCCUCACCUGCUCAGAACCCAAAGGAGCUUCUCCAGAAGGUUGAGGAGCUCUACAAGGCAGAGCGCCUGCUAUCGCCAGAAGAGGACACCCAUGUGGCCGAGCUGUACCAGUCCUGGCUCCACGGCGUUGGGGAGGAGAAAGCCAAAGAGCUGCUGCACACACACUACCACACUGUUCAGAAGAUGACCAACGGACUCGCUAUGAAGUGGUGAAGAAAGCUUCUGCUACAAUCCAUGAUAAGCAAGAGUUUUUCAGCAAACACUGACUACAGAACCGUCCAAAUGUAUGUGACUAUUUCUGUCUCUCAGAGAGAGAAGGGUGACGGGCAAAGUCAAAUAAAAGCUGGUUUGAUGUAUGCCAAUAACCUAUAAAACUUAAACUUUUCUCUCCAUCGAAAAAGUUGUGUGACUGGCAGAGUGGAAGACUAAGAGGGGUACAUAUGAGACAUGCUAAAGCCGAGACGUGUGCGUUGUCUGAUCAUAAAUAGUGAAUAAUUCAUUUGUGUGUCACCUGUUACUUUGAAAAUGUGAGCUGAAAUAAAACAAAAUCUAAUAAAUAUUUGUUUAUUUAACCUUAUGAUUAUAUAUAUAUAUAUGGAGAAAAAUAAAGACUUUAUUUUAAUUGCCA